CCCAGCAGAUUUUCGGGGAAGAGAAGAAAUCUGAAAAAAAAAAAUCGGCUUCUUAGCAUUCUCUCGUUGUAGAGUCCAAAGAAAUCUUCAUCUUUGCUUCUUUCGAAAUUUCGAAUGAUUCGAACCAUCUCGAAAUCCAAACUCUAGGGUUUUUCCGCGAUCCAAAUCGGAGCAAAUGAACUCUCCUGCUUCGACGACGAAUGCCGACAACUGCUUUCACAGAAACGGCGACGCCACCGUCGGCAAUUGCCGAGAUCUGACCUCGCACUUCUUGGAGCUCGCUCGGCUCUCCGCUUUGCCGGAGGCGGUGGAGGAUGACGGCGAAGAAUCGCCGACGGAGCUCAACACGAUCAACAGCUCCGGCGGGUUUCUGGUCGUCUCUCCCGACAAGCUCUCCGUCAAGUACACGAGCGUUAACCUGCACGGGCACGAUGUUGGUGUCGUUCAGGCUAAUAAACCAGCUCCGUUCAAGCGGCUAGUCUACUACUUCGAGAUUUAUGUCAAGGAUGCUGGAGCCAAAGGGCAGGUCGCGAUUGGUUUCACUAAGGAGAACUUCAGAAUGCGCAGACAGCCCGGGUGGGAAGCGAACAGCUGUGGCUACCAUGGAGAUGAUGGGCUUCUAUACCGUGGACAGGGAAAGGGCGAAGCUUUUGGUCCAACUUACACUACUGGUGAUACUGUUGGUGGUGGUAUAAACUAUGCUUCACAGGAAUUCUUUUUCACUAAAAAUGGGGCUGUGGUAGGGACAGUGACCAAAGACAUUAAAGGUCUUCUAUAUCCUACAGUAGCUGUACAUAGCCAAAACGAGGAGGUUUAUGUCAAUUUCGGGCAAAAGAAGUUUGCUUUUGAACUAAAGGAUUAUGAAGCAGUAGAGAGGAAUAAGCAACAAAUGGCAAUUGAAAAGAUAUCCAUACCUACAAACAUGAGUUAUGGGCUCAUACGCUCCUACUUGCUUCAUUAUGGGUAUGAGGACACACUCAAUGCUUUUGACUUGGCUACCAAAAGUACAGUUCCUCCUAUCUACUUAGCGCAAGAAAAUGGCGUUGAUGAGCAUGAUGUAUCAUACUCAUUGAAUGACAGAAAGAUUCUUAGACAGCUUAUCAGGAAGGGUGAGAUUGAUACUGCUCUAGCUAAACUCCGGGAAGGCUAUCCCCAAAUUGUACAGGAUGAUAAAUCAGUGAUUUGCUUCCUCCUCCACUGUCAAAAGUUUAUCGAAUUAGUACGGGUUGGAGCGCUUGAAGAAGCAGUCAAGUAUGGGAGACUCGAAUUAGCAAAGUUCCUUGGAGUCACCGGGUUUCAAGAUAUAGUUCAGGAUUGUGUUGCUCUGCUAGCGUACGAGCAUCCGCAGGAAUCGUCUCUCGGGUACCUUUUAGAAGACUCGCGGCGGGAGCUGGUAGCCGACGCCGUGAAUGCGGCGGUUCUGUCCACGAACCCGAACAAGAGCAGCCACUACUUGCAUUCGCGUCUUGAGAGACUGAUGCGGCAGCUCACCGCCUGCUGUCUGGAACGGCGGUCUCUGAACGGGAACCAGGGCGAAGCUUUCCGGCUUCACCAGGUCCUAAACAACAGUUACAAGAAUGCGAAAGCCGAUCUUUGAAAUUGACGGGUUCGGAACCGUUGUUUUCAUCGUUUCUCCAUUGUGAAUACGUGCGAUAUUUUCUUUGUUUCUUUUUUUCUCAGUUCCGCGGAAGACGUUUUGGGUGUUGGAAAAUGUUGUGGACUUAAAAUUCUUAUUUUGUUCCCGAAAGGGUAGGGGUGUGGCGUGGACUGACAUCUGAUAUUUUCAAGCAACUUGACCUCGGUUUCGCCC